AAGUAACUUGCAGCAAACCCUGAACUUACGAUCGACAUUUAUCGGUCGAUGGUCGAUGGUCGGUUCCAAUGCCUCAUCAACCCACACACGGGUUGCUUCCGAUUUCCACGCAGGAUCAUCCACCUUCCUCAUCUGUCGAGCUCGACCCAUCUCGGAAGCAUUACUCCCAAGAGCCAAACCAGGGACAUCACCGUCUUUGGCAAACCAAACAAGUGCCGAUGGCGGUCGUCUGAAAGUGCGGGGCAAAUACUCUCCGGAUCUUCCAGUAAUGCCGGCUAUUCUAAGCCUGCCACCAAUGCAACAUGGCCAACACGUGCCGUAGCAUUCUUUCUCGUCCGCCGCCCAUCACUUUCCCAGAUGAGAAGUUCAUCCUCUCUGUUCUUCCGCUAGAGAUUGAUGCCAGUUUCCCGUCUUGAUCGUCCAUCAGUUUGAUCGUCACACUCGCAAUGCCGAUGGCCACCAUGGCGCCGUCGCUUGGAACACAACGUAAAUCAUGGAGCAACCACUCUGUGGACGCUUGACCUAUUCGAGAGCAUACUUGAUAGUAGACAGAGGAGAGCCAUCAGCAAAUGCUGCAGACCUCACGACGUUCUCUGGAUGAAUCCACUUGUUAGA